AUGAGCAACAAUUUUGACACAUUGUCCUGUGCCUCAUGUAAGGCAUUUUUCCGGCGACACGCCGUACGAGUAAAGCCCUUUAAAUGCCAUUUUGGUAAUAAAUGUCCAAUUAAUUUGCAAACGCGAAACAAAUGCAAAAAGUGCCGCAUCGAUAAAUGUUACGCUAUGGGAAUGAAUAAAAUUAAUUUAUGUUAA